GAGCAAGAGAUACUAAAUUUUCGAUCCGAAAUUCGGCCUCCUGCAAAACUGCGUUCGGAAGUGGAACUUCUUCGUAAAGAAAACAAAAAAUAUCGUCAAAUGAUUCUCGGUAUGCAAAAUGAAGUUUAUGGUGCUCGACUUGCUGCCAAAUAUUUAGACAAAGAGCUUGCUGGAAGAAUUCAGCAAAUUCAGUUACUUGGUAGAGAUAUGCGUGGAGCUGAACACGAUCGAUUAUGGAAUCAAUUGGAAGCUGAAAUUCAUCUCCAUCGUCAUAAAACUGUAAUUCGAGCAUGCAGAGGAAGAAGAGGUAGUCAGAAGCAUUUACCGUCACCACCUCAUCAUGAUUACAGAAGCUUACGGAAACAGAAAGGUGUGGGACAAAUGCGCAGUGUUAAACUUGUCAGGAAUUCACAUGAAGGUCUCGGCAUAUCUAUUACGGGUGGAAAAGAACACGGUGUACCAAUUUUAAUUUCGGAAAUUCAUCCAAAUCAACCUGCUGAACGAUGUGGCAAUUUAUUUGUUGGUGAUGCCAUAUUAUCCGUUAAUGGCAUUGAUUUGCGUACUGCAAAGCAUAAUGAAGCCGUACAUAUACUUUCCGAACAGGAAGGCGAAUUAAAUUUAAAAGUGGUUUAUGUGGCUCCAGAUCAGGAUAGUGAUGAUGAUGGUGAUGUAAUGAUUGAAACACAAGGCGGAUUUGUAUUCAACUUAUAUGAACCAUUUACGGAUCGUGAACGCGAGAUGGCAAGUUCGAGCACGCUGGAACAAACGACAAGCAGUUGUUCGUCAUCUGCAUCCCAUCGCAGUGAUAACAACAAUUUGGCUGCUGAAAGCAGUACUGUUCGAGAACGGUGA